UCUUUUCCAAUCAUUGAUGAUUGAUUUCAAACCUUCAUUUCCUAACAAAGUCUAAUCCAGUAGAGCAAGAAAAAGGACAUUACAUGAACAGAUGAACCACCUAAUCAAACCAAACCGAUGAAUCAUACAGCUAUUCGAUCGUGCGUCAAUCAUUAAAAGUCACACAGAACAGAACCAACCACCCCACCAAUUUGAAGCAGAAGCCAUGGGAGAGGUAGAGGCAGCUUUCAUUCAAGCCCCAGAACACAGGCCUGAUCUCUCCAUCAUCGCCGAAGCUCAAGGCAUUCCCGUGAUUGACCUUUCUCCAAUCCACCAACACUUUGAAAACGACACCGUUUCAGACCAGUCCGCCAUUGAAGGCGUCGUGAAAGAGGUACGCAGAGCGUGCAAGGAAUGGGGCUUCUUCCAAGUCACCAAUCAUGGGGUUCCUCUGAAUCUCAGACAGAGAGUCGAGGACGUUUCAAGAAAGUUCUUUUCUCAGAGUUUGGAGGAGAAGAAGAAGGUGGCCAGAGACCACACAAGCUUGUCUGGUUAUUACGACUCAGAGCACACCAAAAACGUCAGGGAUUGGAAGGAGGGUCUUGAUUUUCUGGCUAAAGAACCCACUCUCGUCCCUAUUUCCGCUGACGAUGACGAUGAUCGAACGACUCAAUGGUUUAAUCGCUACCCUCAAAACCCUCCAGAGCUAAGAGGAACAGUUUUGGAGUAUAUCGAUGAGAUGGAGAAGCUGGCAUUUAAGUUGUUGGAGCUGAUUGCUCUGAGCUUGGGGUUAGAAUCAAGAAGGUUUCAUGGCUAUUACCUGAAAGAUCAGAGCAGCUUUAUUCGAUUCAAUCACUAUCCUGCUUGUCCCUCGCCUCACUUGGCUCUCGGAGUUGGACGACACAAGGAUCCUGGUGCCCUAACAAUUCUUGCUCAAGAUGAAGUUGAAGGACUCGAAGUCAGACGCAAAUCGGAUCAAGAAUGGAUCAGAGUCAAACCCGCCCCACAAGCUCUUAUCAUCAACGUUGGUGAAGUCGUUCAGGUUUGGAGCAAUGAUGAGUAUGAGAGUGCGGAGCACAGGGUGAUAGUGAACUGUGAGAAGGAAAGGUUUUCGAUUCCCUUCUUCUUCAAUCCUGCGCAUUACACCAUUGUUGAGCCUUUGAAGGAGCUGAUUAAUGAACAAAACCCUUCAAAAUAUAGGCCCUAUAAUUUUGGCAAGUAUCUUGUGAAGAGAAAAGAGAGCAAUUCCCAGAAACAGAACGUGGAAAACCUUCUGAUUUCUCAUUUCAGGCUGCUUUAAAUACGUAUAUAUCAUUAUCCUUUGGCUUCUGUAUGGAUUGAGCAGUAAUGUGAGACAAUGAGUGCAUUUUAUUUUCCUUUUUUUUUUCCCUCUUCUUUUUCCUAAAAGCUGCAUUUGUGUCUGUGUGGUUUAUGUAAACUAAAUAAAAACGUCUGAGAUAAUAUAUUUUGUACUGUUUCAUGUCAUAAAUUUGAAUUAUGUGUUGACCUUCAUCAUA